CCCGCCCACCCCUUGCACGCCCACCCCCAAUCACACCCCCAAUCACAUCCACAACCGCGCUCGCACCGCAGACGAUGCCAACGUGCCCGUCCUCGACAUCCGCGCGCCCUCCCCCGUGUCGGCGUCUGCACCUGUGUUCUUCGCGGAUGCGGGCCGCGCACUGUCCCCGACGCCGACGAGGCGCGUGAGGUUCUCGAGCGAGUCGACGCUCGCGUCGGUCUGCACGACCCAUUCCAGGGAGGCGUACGACCGCUCGCCGAUCGUGGAGGUCCCCGCGGGGCUCGAGGGCAGCCCGAACAAGCGAGAGAGGAGGGGCGAGAGGGAGAGGGAGCGGGAGAGGGCGCGGGCGCCGAGAGGGGAAGUAUUUCCGGUGUCGUUCUCCACGCCGAACUUGGGCGCGGGCUCGAGCCCCGGAAAGCAGGAGUGCAGGCGGGAGCGCAGGCCGUCUCUCCGCCUGCAGUCCGCGAGCCGUUCGUUCGUCGGGAUGUCCAUCGAGGAGGAGACUGAGGAGGAGGACCGCCCUCGGCCUGCCGCGCUGACGCCGCUGACGAGGUCCUACUGCGAGCGGGGGCGGAAGCGGCCUAAGCCACGUACGCGGCCCUCGACGGAUUCCUCGCGUGCAAUCUGUGGCGGGGUUGUGGGGCGCGGUGUGGACGGUCCCUUUGACGACGCGGACCUACCGUCGUACGCUGAAGCGCGGACCGCACACCCGCCCGUAUACGGGACUCGCUUCUGGAAUACGCCUCCGCGCGCAGCGCCUGGCGGCCCGCCCGGCGACUCCUUCCUCAGCCUCGACUAUAGCGACGACGAAGACAUCGACGAGGGUCUCCACACCGCCAUGUUCGUCCACGGCCGGCGCGCCUCCGAACGCACCGCCUCUGCCGCGCGCACCGACGCGCUCUUCUUCACGCUCCAGCCCGCGGACGGCGACGGAGACGACGUCGACGAGGCAGGCUGGGAGGCGUACGGCCUCGCACAGACGGAGGGCAAGCGCGAGCGCGCACGGGAGCGACGGGAGCGCCGCGCGCUCCUGGCAGCGUUCCCGGAACCGCCCCGCUCGAUGCCUACACCCUCGCCCACGCCCGCACCCAAGCUGGGCAUGCUCAAGCACCGCGCGAUCUCGGAGUGGGUCAAGGAGUCCACGGCGUCCGUGUCGGUCUCGUCGGUGUGCGAAUCCGCGGCGUCCUCCGUGGAGGAGUCGCUCGGCACGGACUCGAGGCUGGGCCACGAGCACGGGCACGACCGCAGCGGGAACCCGAGCCCGCUCAGCUGGCAGCACGGGACAAGCACAGCGAACACGACCCCCGAGCUCACGCCGCCACGGGCGCAGCGCGCCAGGGGGAGGGGCGCGUGCGGGCGCAGGAUGACGGGGAGGGAGAAGCUGCUGCCGCUUGUGCCGUAUGAGGAGCUGGACCAACCAUUUCGGUUCGAGCGGCAUCCAUAUGCUGCGGCUGCGUUGAACGCGGAGAAGUGGUGAGGCCCUUGAGGGGCUGGUAUGCGAGAGAGAGCUUAAGAUAUGAUCUAUGAUAUAUGUAUGGCCUCUUAUGAAGGUUUCCUUGA